UUCGCCAGUCUGCCGGAGAGUGCUGAGUCGACAGCGCGCGCGCAUCUACCUGUCACAAGCAACAUCGCUCCACCACAGUCUAGUUUCACCGGCUAUUACUCUCAACCAAGUGCUUUCAUAUAAUUAUCACUGUACAAUAUUAUAGUUAAUAUACAGUACUUUAGUUGAUGGUCCUGUGUCAACUUGUGUACGACUUUCGCGUCAAGUAAACAUUUCGUGAGUUCGGCUUUUCGAAGUUACCGGAGGCUGUUUGCAGUAGCGAAAGCGGUCGAGCGGGCACGCGGCAUCUGUCCGUCUGUGUAGGUGUUCUGCUUGUGUUGUGUUGCAAUGGCAAUAAGUGUUAAAAUGUUGAAAUCUGGUUUGUGAAGCUCUCAGUGAAUGUGCACAUGCCGCUAUUCGAAAACGAGCACACGUGCUUAUGUAAUCCUGAAUUUGUUGAUAGAACAAGAUGCCGGCGCUCCGGCUGCUCGGGCGCAAAUGGCUGGCAGCCUCCGACGACCUCGUGUUCCCGAGCAUCUUCGAGCUUCUGUUCCGCUUUGUAUGGUUGGUACUUAUAGCUCUAGUAGUGGAGGUGCUGAUCCCGAUAUCAUGGCAGUGCUCGAGCGAGGGGUGGUCGGGGGGCGCGUUUGUGCGACUGUACCUGUGCGGGACGUUGGCACUGCAAGCAGCACUCCUUGUCCUGUUGGCCGCACUCGCCCUGCACUCCGCCAAAGGCACCAUCACAGACGUCGACGCAAGGAAGAUGGUCGCCCCUUUGUUAUUAUUAAAAGUUUUAUUGGUGUUGCCAGAAAUAGCAUUAAACGUGAUGGGCACAAUGUGGAUGUUCUGCGAAGUUAUCGAAUGCUCGGUCACGGAUAAAUUUUCAAGUAUUGUUAUACAGAGUAUAGUUCUUUUUAAUUGGGUGCAAUUAGCUCUCACGAUAUUCGGCCUAUUUAUGGUGUUCGAUCCUCUGGGGUCAGUGAACUAUGACGACAUGCAGGACACGCCGAACCAAGCCAGACAUCACAAGAAGGUGACAGGACUGUGGUCUAGAAGGUUCCGAUGGGCGUUCUGUUGGUUGAAAAGAGACGAACACGGAAAAGAGGCUUUUCAACAAGUAGCAGCUCUACUCAGCGCAUUAUUUAGGUCGACUGACCUUGUUCCUUCGGAUGUCGUGGCGGGUUGUGUACUAUUACGAGUUCGACAGAAACGUGAGACAAGAGAAAUGAGACGUAUCCAAAUGUUGAACGACGAGGAACCUAUAUACACUACGGACAUAAAUAAAAUAUUCUCGGAAACUCCGCCCUGGAUGAACCUUGAAGAUGCGCUGCAUUAUUUGAGGCUGUCUAUCGCGGCGUACGGCUGGCCUUAUGUAUUAUAUCGGCAUUGCUUCACCGGAUUCUGCAAACUUGCCAAGCACUUGACCUGCUGUUGCUGUCGGCCAAAGAACUCAAUAGUGACGGACGACAACUGCUGCUUGUGCCACUUCGCUGGCGUCAAGUACAUGUCGAAGCUCUCCGCCGAUGAUAUUAUCUUUGCGUCUUUCAACAAUCGCGUCUUUGAACUUCCAUUCUGCGUGAUAGCGGACCACGAGCGGGAGAGCAUUGUGGUGGCGGUGCGGGGCUCCAUAUCUCUGAGAGAUAUCUUCACAGACUUCACAGCCGGCUCCGAGAAGUUUGAGGCUGAUGGCUUGCCAGAGGAGACAGCCGCCCACAAAGGCAUGUCGAUGGGCGCAGCGAAGAUGUUGAGGCGACUCAUGCCCGUGCUCGACCGCGCCUUCCAACAGUUUCCACAUUACGACCUAGUACUUACAGGUCAUAGUCUAGGAGCUGGCGUAGCAGUAUUAGUAGCGUUAAAACUAAGGCCCAGAUAUCCACAUUUAAAAGUAUUCGCAUUUUCAACACCGGCGGGUCUAAUAAGUCGCGAGGCGGCGCGCUUCACGGAGAGCUUCGUGCUGACGAUAGGCGUAGGCGACGACCUCGUGAUGAGGCUCAGCGUGCACAGCAUUGAAAACCUGCGCACCAAGGUCAUACAGACCAUACACGCCACUAAACUGCCCAAGUACCGUAUAAUGCUGAACGGGUUCGGGUACGCGCUGUUCGGCGUGCCGGCGCGCGACCUGGAGUCGACGUGGCGGCGGCCGGAGGAGCUGGAAGCACACGCGGCGGACGACAGCGACGCGCUGCUGGCGCAGGGCGUCUCCACCGUGAGUGCUGAGGCGGCGCUAGUGUCGCGGAAUGUGUUCGCGCGCCGCUUCUCGUCAGCGCGGCUGUUCACCGCUGGUCGUAUCCUGCAUAUCGUCAGACGAAAGCGCAUGGGCAUUGAGAAGAAGGUGCGUACUCAGGAGCCUACGUACGAGAUGCGUUGGGCAUGCGCGGAGGACUUCAUGGAGCUGCAAGUAAUGCCGCGGAUGCUGCUGGACCACCUCCCGGAGAACGUGCACCGCACCAUGCAGACAGUACUCGACGAGCGACACUCCUACAGGGUCACGCACGUCGUCUAAUUCUCCUUACAACUUAGUUAAGUAAACUGUAGUUAAAACCUCAAUCUGCGAUUAAUGUUUCACAAAUUAAUCGACUAUUUUAAAAGAACGAGAAAUCUCUGUAUUUUUGUAAUUAGAGCUGAUUCAUGACAGUCUAAACUGGUUGACAUUUUAUGAAUCUUUUUGUAAAUAAUCUGAUAUUAAUUUGUAUUGUAAAUAUCUAAGUAACGACCUUCCUAUAGGAUUUGACAUUCAUAGAUAUAAGUGAUGUACAAAGACUGUGAUGAAGCUAAGAAUGAGAAUAUUAAUGAGAAAUGUUAAAUAAGUGAAAUGUUUAUGGAUGUUUGAUAAAACUUUAUAUAGUCUGUGGUUUUGAAUCUGUGUAAAUAUAAGAUAAGUUGACGAAAACGUUGGCGUUUCAGAGGAACCGUGACGGCCUUUUAGUUUAAUUUACAAUGUGAUGAUAAUUUUUUAAUUACGACAUGCUUUUCUGUUCAACAAUUCAUCAAAUGAAAGGCACUCAUUAACUAUAUCUGCACCAGUACGCUUUUUGGUCCUCGCCUAUUCAUCUAACCAUAUAUUUAUCUCUAUUUUCUCAAAGAGAAUAAAAGGGAUGAAUCUUAUGAUAGAAGAAAAGGCAAGAUUAACUAAAGCGUAGUGUUGACUUAGCUGUUAACUAAUUAUUUUGCUCAAUAAAAAAGCAAUUUACGUAUCAUGACCGUUUUUAAGAAUCUUGCAAUAUUAAGUAUUGUAAAAUACUGUUAAGUACAAUAACUAGUGUAGAAUAGGAUACCGCGUUACCGGAGUCAAUUAUAUAGGAAAUACAAAUUAUAGGUUAUAACGAUAUCUAUUUUCAGUCCUAGAAACAAGAUGUAAUAAAAUAAUAUUAUAGUAGAAUUAUAAACUUGCCGUGUGUCCAAAUAUUUAGAGAAAAAUAAAAAUGUAUGCGAUUACUUAUAAACUCAAAUUAUAUAAAUUUUACACACGCUUGAAACAGAAAGAUUUUUUCUUGUAUAGCUCUUUCACGUUAUUUCAUGCAUAUAGCUAUACUAAUACGAGACUACUGAGUUAAUUAAAUAAUGAGUAUAUGAGAAUUAAUUUGCAAUAAAAUUGAUGAUCUGUACUCAAGUGUGAAGCAAAUCAGUGAAGCGGCUCACAGCUCAGCUUAAUUUGUACCUGCAUUAUAGAUCGUGUUAGCGUUAGUGAGUUGACAAUUUAGUCGUUGAACGGAUCAAUUUUUUUGAUCUGAAUGUUUGAGCCGGCUCAGAGCUAUUUCACUCACGUAGUUUUCACUAUACUUCGAUAUUGGACACACGGAUUCUGUACAUUUAAAUCUCGGGAACAAUAAGCUAAAUUACUAAUUACUUUACCAUUUUAAUGACAUUUUAACAGUAAUAUGCUAAAAAAUGUUUUAUAUAUUUAUUCCAAUAUUAUCUAUUGUAAGAAAUUUUAAAAUAGCAUUUACCUUAAAUUAGGUAAUGAACAUUCCAAGUUAUUUUCGUCCUAACCUCAGUUUAGUGUGAGUUUGAUAUGGUGCCUUGUUUGUAUUUUUGAACGUAUUACGUUAUUUUACUAUUUUUGUUAUUGAUAUUUAUUAAACCUAAGUAGAGUAGUCACAAAAUAUUAGGUCAGUUUUGACAUAAGUGUAUAUGUUAAUGUUCGUUAUUGUUUUGAUACCAAAAGGUACAAUAAAAAUGUAAAGUUUGUAUCCAAGUUUAUAUUCCAAGUACACUUUAUAACUUUUAAUGUAGCUGUAGCCAUAAAUUAUUUAGUUUAGAUGUCAAAAUAGACCUGAAAUAUUGUGAAAACUCUAACUUUGGGUUUUUUAAACUUAUAAAGCCUAAAAAUCUUGAGGGUGUUUUUAUUUUUAAAUUAUUUAUUGACUUUUUGUUAAAUUUUUAAAUCAUGAAAAAUAUAUUAUUGUAUAAAAAACUACGUAGUUUGUAUCCAGUAUUUUGUAAACUAUGAAACUGGUACUUAAUUUCUAUGAAAAAUAUUUUCGUAAAGGAAAAAAAUUCGUUCGAGUAUUUGAAGAACUGAGGUUCUUUUUACUUGUACCCUAAAUUAGGGCUUUAUAAUCUCUAUGUAUGAUAACCAAUGUCCUGUGUUGGGUUUAUGUUAAUUUAUAUUAAAAUUGCAUUUUAA